AUGGUGCGCGUGUCGACCUUGACGUCGCUCCUGGCGGUGGCGUCGGCGGCGCUGGCUGAGAGACGCUUUAUCCCUGGUGCUUACAUUUUCGAAGUGGAGGAUGGACAUGAUACGGCAUCCGUGGCGCAGGAAGUUAGCAGCCAUGGCACUACGCGCAUGCAUCUCAACUACAAGCUGUUCAAGGGCGUCUCUGUGCAGCUGCACGAUAUGAAAAACCACAAAGAGACGGCGGCUAAGCUUGCUUCCACGCCGGGCAUCAAGAAGGUGUGGCCCAUUGAGAUUCACGACCUCCCUGAUGACACAAUGGGCCGAAGCGUGAAUCUUAAAGACUGGGAUAUUGGAGGCAAGCCCGACUGGAAGCUGUCGAGGCGAGACGUCAUGAAUGACACGGACAUUUGGCCGCCGCACGUCAUGACACAAGUUGAAAAGCUCCGAGCCAAGGGCAUCACGGGCAAAGGAAUCAAGUUGGCCAUCGUCGACACCGGCGUUGACUACACCCAUCCGGCGCUGGGCGGUUGCUUUGGCGAGGGCUGCCGCGUAUCGUUUGGUUACGAUCUGGUAGGCGAUCACUACACCGGGGACAACAUCCCCGUGCCCGACCCCGACCCAAAAGACUGCGCCGGCCAUGGCACGCACGUCAGCGGUAUCAUCGCCGCCAAGGACGAGUUUCUACACUUCACCGGCGCGGCGCCGGACGUCACGCUUGGCAUGUACCGCGUCUUCGGGUGUCCCGCGGUGGGCGCGGGCGACGACGUGCUCAUCGCCGCGUUCAACAUGGCUUUCGAAGCCGGAGCCGACAUCAUCACCGCUUCCAUCGGCGGCAACAGCGGCUGGUCCGAGAACGUCUGGAGCGUUGCCGUUUCGCGCAUCGUAGAGCAAGGCGUGGUUUGCACCCUCGCAGCAGGCAACGACGGCUCCCGUGGCGUGUUCGACGCCUCCGAGGCCGCCGACGGCAAGGGCGUAACGGCCGUUGCGUCCUUUGAAAAUACCGACUUCGCCGACUUCGGGUACCCGUCGACGUAUUCCAUCGACGGCGGCGAGAGCAAGGUGUUUGUCAACGCGCCGGCCAACAUUUACAACUGGACGGCCAUUACCACGACGCCAAUGCCCCUGUACCCCCUGAGCCUUGAGAUCAACCAGCCAGAUGCUUGCGAUCCCCUCCCGGAUAGUACACCAGACUUGAGCAAUUACAUCGUCCUCGUUAGCGGCGAAUGCAAGGCAGCAUGCCUCGAGCAAGACAAGGCCUUUAACCUUGCCGCCAAGGGCGUAAAGUAUAUCAUCCUCUAUGACACCUGGGAGGACUACACUCUCUACAGAUACUUUCUCGGGGAUGCCAACAUCACUGCGGCUGCCACAGUUCCCGCGCGCACAGGUCGAAAAUGGGUCAAGGCCAUCAAGGAGGGUCACAACGUGACCGUGUUGAUGAAGUUUCCCAAGAAUGAGGACCGCCAGCUCGCCUUUGAGAAGCGGACUGACGUGGGCGGCUACCUGAGCGGAUUUACCUCCUGGGGCCCCAGCUGGGAAAUGGAUACGAAGCCACUUCUCGGUGCGCCGGGUGGUGCCAUCUGGUCGACCUGGGUCGGGGGCUAUACCACGGCCUCGGGCACGUCGAUGGCGACGCCCAUCACCGCGGCCAUCAUGGCCCUCAUCCUACAGAUCCGCGGUUCCACGGCUCCGAGGUUCCUAGAGAAUCUUGUCGCCUCGAAUGCGAAGCCUCAAAUUUGGUACGAUGGCAAGAAGGCCUACCCUGGCGACCUGGCCCCCGUUCCGCAGCAAGGCGCCGGGCUAGUCCAGGCUUACGACGCCGCCUUCGCCACCACCUUGUUAGAUCCUUCGAGCAUUUCCUUCAACGACACUGACAACUUUGUCAAGGAUCAUGAGAUCGUUAUCACGAACAAGGGAAGCUCCGAGGUGACGCAUAACAUCGGUCAUGUGCCUGCUCUCACAGCCUACACCUUGAACAAAACCAGCAUCUGGGCGACCAAAUUCCCUCCCGAGGUCUCGAGAGAUUAUGCUACGCUAGACAUCUCGGACUCCAAGGUCACACUCAAGCCGGGACAUCGCAAAACCAUUAGCGUGUCGGCUCGACCCCCAACGGGUAUGGAUGAAAAGCGUCUUCCCGUCUGGUCUGGUUACAUCAUCGUCAACGGCACCGACGGGUCAGCCCUCUCUCUGCCCUACCAAGGCGUGUCCGGUUCUCUCAAAGGCUCAACUACACUGGGACCAGAGUAUGGCUGGGUAUCAUGGUCCAACCAGACCGCGGCAAAGUACACAAAUCCUAGCCGCGUCCCUGUCAACUACACUUUCACGCUGCCGCAGCCAGGUUCGGGCGCAAAAGUCUUGCAACCCAUGCUAACUUUUAACCUCGCCCUUGGCACGCGGCUGAUGAGGGCUGACCUUGUGCCCAUGAUCACAUGCCCACCCAAGAAUUUGACCGUCGACGAUCCGCUCGGGGGCAAGUUUAAGACAAUUGGCCAGGCGCAUUCCUUCCCCAUGACCAUGAUGCCCCGUGGCUUGAACAAGGUUGUUUGGGAUGGUUCUCUCGACAGCGGUGAAUAUGCACCCGCUGGGAAGUACAAGAUCAUCUAUCGCGCUCUGGGCGUCUACGGCAACCCGUCUAAGCUCGAGGAUUAUAAUGUGGCCGAGUCUCAGCCCUUCAGGAUCGCGUACGCAUCUUGA